AUGGGCAACGUCGAAGUGUGCGCCGAGGCCAUCGACGCCCCAGAUCAAUUCUUGGAGCCAGACUACGGGCGCCGCCUUCUUGUCAAUGUCGUGGACGGGCGCGCAGCCAGUGAGCCGGACCGACCAUUCGCUCAUGUUCCCGCAACCAGCGACCCUAAGGAUGGCUGGAAGCCUGUCACAUACAGGCAGCUCUCGAAUGCGGUCAAUCAUCUCGCGCAUGAGCUCUUGCAGCGAGCUGAGAAUCAAGACACCCCAAGCGGCGACUUCCCCACGGUAGCUUACAUCGGGCCGAACGACGUGCGGUAUCCAAUCUUUAUGCUCGCUUGUAUCAAAGCGCAUCACAAGGCUUUCUUCAUCUCACCCCGGAAUAGCGUCGAGGGGCAAUUGUCACUCUUCAAGGCUACUAAUUGUAGCAUGCUGUAUUUUGCUGAGUCGCAUCUUCAGACAGUCCUGCCUUGGCUUGAGCGAUACCCCAUGCGGGUCGUGAUGGCUCCAAGCCCUGACAUCUGGCUCCAGUCGACCGCGGCUCCAAUUGUCUUCAAAAAGACAUUUGACGAGGCGAAAUGGGAUCCUCUAGUGGUGCUUCACACGAGCGGCUCUACUGGAAUUCCGAAGCCGAUUGUCAUGCGCCAGGGCGGUUUGGCGAUUGCCGAUGGACUUCGAAACGGUCCAGACUUGCACGGAGCCCCGUCUACGUGGGUGCACUGGGGUGGUGCGAGCAGGUUCUUCCUGCCAAUGCCAUUGUUCCAUGCAGCUGGAGUCGCAGCCAUCGCCUCGACGGGCAUAUACUACGGCGCGGGCCUGGUGCUGGGCAUCACGGAUCGGCCCCUUACCCCAGACAUGGUUGUGGAAAGCCUGAAGCAUUCCGGUGCGGACGGUGCCAUGCUGCCGCCUUCUAUAAUCGAGGAGAUAAGCCAUAUGGAAGAGGGCGUAGAGGCUCUUGCCGCCCUGAAAUACGUCGGCUUCGGCGGAGGAAACCUUGCCGCUGCUGCGGGUAGCUCGCUUGUGGAACGAGGAGUCUCCCUCAGUAACAUGAUUGCCUCCACAGAGUGUAUUCCAUACAUCUUGCACUACCAGACCGAUCCCAAGCUUUGGCAAUACUUCAUCAUCAAUUCAAAGGACAUGGGCGCAGACUUCCGACCCGUGUCUUGGGAUGCCGACGUCUUCGAAAUGGUCCUAUGCCGCGACGACCCCAAGGAGCCAGGCCGCAAGGCCGUAUUCUACACCUUCCCAAACAAGACGGAGUGGUCAACUGGCGACCUCUUCAAACCUCACCCCACUCUUCCCGAUCACUGGAUGUACCACGGCCGCGCGGACAACGUCAUCGUCUUCUCGAAUGGGGAGAAGUUGAACCCCGUCACCAUUGAGGAGACGAUGCUCGGUGACCCACGAAUCAAAGGGGCGCUGGUCGUCGGCGAUCAAAAGUUCCAGCCUGCACUGAUUCUGGAGCCUCACGUUGCGCCAGCGGAUAAAGAAGCGGCGGAUGCGCUGAUCGAGGAGAUAUGGCCGCUCGUGGAGCAGGCGAACAAAGACACGGUCACGCACGGUCGCAUCGCCAGAGAACUUGUGGUUCUGUCGGACCCAGCGAUGCCCUUCUUACGGGCUGCGAAAGGUUCCGUGCAGCGAGGUCCAACUGUUCGCGAGUACAAAGACUUCGUCGAAGAGCUCUACUUGAGAAUGGAUGAAGGGGUGGAGAUACAAGACGCAAUUGGGCUAGAUCUCUCUAGCAAGGAACACCUGGCUCAAUCCAUCGUGGAAGUCAUACACGCCAGGAUCGGGAACGAGAGAGUCGGCCCAAGCACUGAUCUCUUCGCCGCUGGCAUGGAUUCUCUCCAAGUCAUCAGCCUCUCCAAGAUCCUUCGCUCGAGCCUCGAGGCAGCUGGUGUCGCCGUGGAUCAGAACACGGUAGCCCCCCGAGUUAUAUACGCCAACCCGACUCCGACGGCCUUGGCUGACCGACUCUUUUCUGUCGCUCAUGGCGAGGACCAUGGCCAGAGUGAAUCAUCGCGCGAGAUAGAGGCGCUCGCGGAUAUGGUCUUGAAGUAUACCACCGACCUGCCCGCGCCGAAUGGCAAUCAAGCCGACCCUUUGGAUCAGGACCAGACUGUUCUCAUCACUGGUACAACGGGAUCGCUCGGCGCGUACAUGCUCGAUCGUCUCGUAUCGAGCCCGAACGUUAAGAAAGUCAUUGCACUCAACCGUGGCGAGGACGGCGGACGGUCCCGUCAGCCCGCCUUCAAUUCCGACCGAGGCUUGACGACGGACUUUUCCAAGGUCGAGUUUCUCGGCGUCGACCUCUCCGUGCCAACUUGGGGACUAGAGCAAAGCAAAUAUGAUGAGCUGCUGGAAAGUGCGGAUCGGAUCGUGCAUAAUGCGUGGCCGGUGAACUUCGUCAUCAGUGUGUCCUCAUUCGAGCCAUUCAUUCGAGGAGUCCGACAUCUGGUUGACUUCGCCAGUCGGGCCGCCAAGCGCGUGCCAAUUGUGUUCAUAUCGAGUAUCGGUACAGCAGAUGGGUGGACCUCGGGCGAGCCAGUGCCGGAGAAACAGUUGAACGACUUGACUCUUCCGCACAUGGGCUACGGGCGGUCGAAGCUAGCCGGCAGUCUUAUCCUCGAUGCUGCAGCGGAGCGCUCCCGUGUACCGGCGGCGACAAUCCGGGUCGGGCAGAUCGGUGGCCCACGAGGCAAGACGGGCAUGUGGAAUCGCCAGGAGUUCAUUCCGAGCCUAAUCGCCAGCUCAGUUCAUCUCGGGGUUCUCCCUGACAGCGUCGGACCGAUUGACGUAGUGGAUUGGACGCCUGUAGAGGACAUCGCCGGGUUGAUCCUCGAUGUUGUUGGAGUCACGGCACCGAUGCCCGUGUCAGACAUCUCGGGGUACUUCCACGGCGUCAAUCCAUCGGCGAUAACCUGGACCGAGGUAGCCAAGGUGCUGCAUGAGUUUUACGGCGGACGGAUCGAGAAGAUUAUUCCCCUGGAGGAGUGGGUGGCCAGACUGGAGGCGAGUGCCGAUGACGCAGACGUCGACGCGGACAGGAACCCUGCGAUCAAGUUGCUGGACACCUAUCGCGGCAUGGUCGAGGCUAAUCGCGCCGGACUGGGCCAUGUGUACUUCGACAUGAAGCGCACGGUGGAGAAAAGCCCUACCAUGAGGAACUUGGGACCUAUUGACGCGGAGCUGGUGAGGAAUUGGUGUGAGCAGUGGAAGUUCUGA